AUGAGGGCAGUCAAGUCGCGCAAUGCAGGGGGGCUUCGCUCGGUUAGAGACGUCGACAGCAACCGCGAUGCCGCCGCGGCGCCGGUCCACGCGAAAAGGGCGGCAGCGGCGGCAUCGUUGACGGUGGCGGUGCAUCGCAGCGAUGGCUCCGACACGCAUAGGGAAAAAGGCGUGCCGGACGACGCUAUGCUGGAGGUGAGCGUAGGUGCUACUGGCGAGGAGGACAAGUUCCCCGAAGACCCCCUCGCCGUCGCGUUCGCGCUGGACGCACCGCUGACGUUCACCGCCCGCGAUAACCCGAGAGUCGUUGCCCGGCUGCCACUUCGCUUCAAAGACGUGCUCCCUACUGUCUGCCACCAACUUCAGUUCCGGCAGCGGCAGGCCACGCAUCAGACCUCUGUCGAUGCGGACAGCUACAGCACCAAGAGCAACCCACUCUCGUCCCCCGUACCGCCGACGGCCGACGCCACCUCAUACGCACAGCCGCCGUACCAGCACGCGCACUUGUCGGACAUGGUCAUGCGGCUGCUGCCCAUCGCUGUGGGCCAGGGGCGCAGCUGCAAGACAGCCAUGAUGCACCCAAGUGACAGCGACGAAGACCCCGCCGCCGCCGCCACCACCGUGGCCGCGGCCGCAGCACACGGGCCGGAGAACACCGAUAAGCACCUCCAUCAGCAGCAGCUUGCAGCGUCAGCGAAGGCGAGGGCGGGUCGCGAGGCAGCGGAUGCUGUGCUAUGCGCGCCAGCGCGGGUGCCCGUACUGGAAGACGAGCUGUACCGCAAAUGGGCAGCGGAGCAGAUCCUAGACUACCUCUUCACCUCCCCUACGUCGGCAGACGGCGCUGGCAGCGUUGACCGCGACGAGGCACGGCGCAGCUUCACCGUCGCCGCGUGUCUGAGCGGCAUGCGCGAAGUUCCUGCCGGCACGGUCGAGUACGUCGACCUGCUGCGUCGCAUGCUCGCUCUGGCGGACUCGCGGCGUGGUGCUGAGCCGAAUGAUGCCGUGGACGACGCGGACGUAGAUUUGCCAGCGUACGUGCGCGAUGUGCUGGUGGGAGUGUUACCGCCGGAAAACGCACCGGCUGCUGAUGCUGCUAACACGGCGUCUGCCGUCGAGCGGCUGCCGGUGGUGACGACGACGUUGCGCUCCACCUUGGAUGCAGUGCUGCCGCCGCGGCUCUUCCUCUACUACCUCAUCCACCAAGAGACGGCCGUGGCAGUGCAGCAGCAGCGCCAGGCCGCCCAGCAGCGCCAAGCGCGCCUUCGUCGUCACCUGGAGACGCACCCGGACGACGUGAGCGUGCUGGAAGAGAUUGAAACCCUCCGUGAGGCGCUCGCUAGCGAGUAUGCGGAGGUGCCGGUCGGUGCUGUCUUGGUCACCCUCGAGCGGACAAGCGAUGUGCAGGCGCCGCGCGACUAUCUCGUAAAGCUGGAGCAGACGCUGGACGAGGUAUUGCAGAAAGUGCAGGCGCGAUGCUGCGGUCGCCCGCUGCAGCUCAUCCGCACCAACACCGCUCGUCCGUCAUGCUCACGACCGCAGCACACCGCAUCGGCCUCGGCUGCCUCCAGCGGGUCGCCGUCGUCGUUCGACCCCUCGCCGCCCCCCGACACGCAGCUCAAACAGAAGAACGCCAGCAGCAGUGUGAAGGCGGCCUCCGCGAAGGGGCGAGAAGCACCCGCAGCCGUGACUAUCCUCGCUACGCCAGACAAGUGGGUGUGCACACACACACUGAAGCCGCUGCCAGCGCAACCGGUAGCCACGUCCGUUAGCGGUGGCGGCUCGGCUACCGUCGCCGCUACGCUGAAUGUGCUGGAGCUGAACAAGGAGCGGACGCUGGUGCAGCUCAGCCUGCUCGGUGAGGAGCUGCUCCGGCAGGUGACCGUCGAUCUUCCCGAGCGCGGCAUCCUUCUCCGACGCCUCCUCGACGAGGCGCAGCUCUCCAUCGACGCCCGCGCCAUCCUCGCCCGCGAACGCUGCAAGGCCACGCAAGAGCACUUGCUGGACGGCCAAGACGCGCGAGAAGCGACGGCGGCACAGUGCAAAGUCCUCGAGAGCGAGGUAGCGGAGCUACGGUCGCGGCUGGCGUACGUGACCGCGCGCAAGGCAGCGCUGGGAGCGUGGGUGGAGGAGCAGAAGGCGCAGGAGCUGACGGCGAGUCGCGAGCGAGCGCACUUUGAACGCAACCUGCGCGAGCGGUUGGUGGCGCACACGGAGCGGGUGAAGGCGGCGCAGGAUGCCGAGCGUCGUAGCUCCUUGCCAGGGUGA